CGUUCAAAAUGGCGGCUGAUUACAGGCCGUAGUCAUUGUGUACAACAAAACCUUCAUUUUUCUUUGUUUCUUUAUUGCUCUUAUGCCUAUGGUCUACCAUUAACUCCAAGGGCUUAUUUCUCAACAUGUUUAAGAACAAAUUCCAGGGUGGUUCGUAUGUUGAGGUUUUCAGCGCCCAAGGCAAAGAUCCUGUAUCAAAAUGGCGACUGACAGGAACAGGGAUUCGUAAAAUAUUUGACAAAGACGUAAAAAGCUAUGUGUAUGUACUCGAAGGCGAGUCUACAACUACAAAAAUGAGUAUCCCAAAAGACGAGAAGCAGUCCUUGUUUUUAAUACAGAAAUAUCUCGUUCUUCAAAUUAUGGUGCCUCUGGGACAUUCAUUUUCUUUUGAGCUUGGAGUUAUAGACAUGGGAAACAAUAAACGCAGAAUCUUUAUGUCUUCAAGUAACAGAGAGCUUACUGUAACACCACUUCAUGCUAGAUUCCCUCUAAGUAUGUUGCGUCUGGGCGUAUGGCUUAACCUUUGUCUAGAUUUGAACUCGCUUGUGGGAGAGACAUUCAAAGGUCACACAUUAAAAUCUAUAGACAGUUUGACGAUCUCAGCAAAUUGUCAUUUGAGGAAGAUAUUUACUAUGAAGACACAGCCUCCAGACACUACAAAUGAUGAUGAGAUAUAUGGUUGUGAUAACCCUAAUAGUGGCGAUGUGGAACCCAUUCCUAAAGGGAUGCAAUUUACGACAUCACCGCAUCAUACGCAGGUAAUUAAUAUUUCAAAGUUAAGACAGACAGACCUAAAGGCCAGAGAAGCAGCAGGGCUGCCUCCUCCGCCAACCCCAGGAGUGUCUGAGAUUGACACUUUAUCGUCAAAAGAAGAACAACCAACCCAUAUAGCAUUUGGAUCCAAGGUUGUGAUUCCCAAACACGCAAGGAAAUCGUCCCGAGAAGGUGGCCCAGGGUCUGCUGGUGGGCGAUCGUCGGCAAAUUCUUUUAAUAGGAGUAGCUCCAUAACGCAUAUUAGAACUGGAUCUCCAGCUAAUGACCUUGAAACUUGCCGAGAGAGCAGUUAUUUAACAAGCAGGGGGAAAUAUCAAAGAUCAAUGUCUGAAACCACAGAUGUUGACCAAUCAAAACUUCAACUUGGUAUUGAGGCAAUGCCAUCAGCAAUUCAACCAAGACCUCCUCGGACAGGAUCUGGGACAAAGUCACGGCGACGGCCAGUUAGGAUACGAGGGAAUAGUGGAAUUAAGACCCAAAAUGCAGGUUCACGGUCAACUUCAGAAAGUGAAAAAUUAGGUGAUAGUACGUCAAGUUAUGGAAAGCCUGAGGGGUCAUCGACGGAGAGAAGUCAAAAGGACGAUAGGGAGUUGGAUUCCCAAGCUGAGACAAUUUCAAGAUCUCAGAGUGAAAGUUCUUUGAAAGCAUCUGGAAAUGAGAGCCCUCUAGGGGAAAGUUUUGGGAAGCUUGAUUUAAAUGGAAAAGAGAAUCAAGCAAAUAAUGGGAAUGAAAAGAAAAAUAUGAUGUUCACUUUCUCGUCAAAGCCAAGGUCGGCACCAAGGUCACCAAGGAGCCGCAAACGACGGCAAAAUGGUUCCGCUGGGAGCCCGCUGGCAGAAACUAAGCCAGAUAUUGAGGUAUCUGAGUCUAGAGACAGUUUAAAUGUACCUGGCGGACGAGAUAGGAAAGAAAGUGAAAAGUCUGAAUAUGAAGAAGAUUUUUACCGUGAUUCUGAAGAUAGUUCUGAUGAUGAUGUUCUUCAAAAACUGCUAAAGAGCAGCAAUGCUUCACGUGCAAGUUCAAGGGCUUCAAAGCACAGUCCUAGAAGUCCAAACAUGCAAUAUACGCCAGAGCCGUCGCAAACACCACAUAUACUGAGAACAAGUAUUAAAAGCAGCUUAUUAAAGGAGAUCCCUUCGUCAGUCAUAGCAAGUAAAACCUAUGACUCCAAAGCCUACCAAUCAACAACCAGUUCCUGGAGAAAUUACCAAUCAGAUGCUGGCAGCUCGUGGAGGCUCGAUACUUCUAACGCUAGUUCAUUAUUGGACCAGUCCUUUAAUAGUUCCCUUGGCGAUGAUAACCCAUUGCUGAAAAAAAUUAUGAAUAAAGAGUUGGAAGGUUGUGAAGAUGGCAUCAUAGAUAAUGAUGAUGGGGAUUCCUUAACUGAUGAUAGUGAUGAGACAUGUAGUACGUGGAAAGCACCACCACCUACUACAAAACAUCAUCGAUAUCAGGAUGAAAUGAUGCAUCCUGGUCCAGAGCCUGACAUGUCAGCAACAUUACCAUUAGAUCCACGAGAUUAUACUGAUGUGUUCAGUCCACCGAUCAUUAUGCCGAGUGAAAAGAUUACGAAUGGUCAAGGAAUGUCCGAUCCACCAUAUUCAUCACAGCUUUCUCCGACCAUUAAUAUCAUGCCUACUUUUUCUGCCGAUGAAGAGCAACUUGCAAAUAAAGGCAACACUGGAGAAAUGGAACUUGACCUGCUAUAUGACCCGUGUUUAAACUGCUACUUUGACCCUAAGAGUCACAAGUACUACGAGCUUGCUUGAUCACCAUGGUAACAGUUUCUGUAGCAACGUGUAACCAUGGCAAUGCAUACCGUAACAAGAGAUUACAUGUAAGGUACUUUGUCUACCAAAGAUGAACAACCUAACACAUAUACAUGUAACAUCUUGACAAUAAUAUUUUGCCUCAUCUCAUUGUGUAAGUUUGAACUACUACUUUAACCUUAAGAGUGAAAUCUUUGCAGUCAGCUUGAAAUUCAUGUUACCAUGACAACAGGCAGUUACUAUGGCAACAGGGGAAUUGAUCCAAGCAGUAGCAAUUUUGUUAUCAUGACAACAGGCAGUUACUAUGACAAUGGGUGAGUUGACCCAAAAAGUAGCGAUUUUGUACCACGACGAGUGAAUUGAGGGGAAGAAUGAUAGUGUUUGAUGACAUUGGGUGUAAACAAUUAUUUAAAAACUUUGCAGUGUUUGGAAACUAAAUCCAACAUCGCAAAAGCUACAUUUUCAUAACAAAAAAAUCUUUUUACACCCGCAGCUAAGCUAGAUUUUUGAGAUAUUGCUGAGCUAAAAAAGAACAAGAAAACUAUUAUUGAUAGUAAUUUGAUUCUUCAAUUAUUCAUAACUUCCUUUUUUUAGCUAUAUAAUUUAUUUUUAGAAAAAACUGCUGAGAUGUAUGGCAUGAUUACAUACAGAUACGUACAUAUAAUAUAUAAAUAGUGUUCUUAUAAUAUUGUAAAUAAGAGUGAUUUUAAACUUUACAGACAAGAGUUAUUAAACGUGAGUAACUUUA